AUGUCCAUUCUAAAAUUGUCACAAAGUCCAGAAAAAAGAAUAGUUGAAAAUAAAUCAUUAAAUCAACUGACAAGAGCAGAUGGCAGUAGCAGUAGAUUAGUUGCCUUGAAUGCUGCCCGAAAUGCUGUAAAACCAACAGUGAAUUUAAUUGUCGUUGGUCACGUAGAUGCUGGUAAAAGCACAUUAAUGGGACAUUUUCUUUAUCAGUUGGGUGGUAUCAAUGAAAGAAUAAUGCAUAAAUACAAACAAGAAUCUGCUAAGAGAGGCAAAGCAUCCUUCGCUUAUGCGUGGAUUCUCGAUGAUACACAAGAAGAAAGAGAACGCGGUGUUACGAUGGAUGUAGCAAGGACAAGUUUUGAAACUGAGCAUCGAAAAAUUCUUGUUUUGGAUGCACCAGGUCACAAGGAUUUUAUUCCGAACAUGAUUACAGGUAACUCAUACGCAGAUGCUGGCAUAUUAGUAGUCAAUGCCACACAUGGAGAAUUUGAGACUGGAUUCGAUUUCGGAGGUCAAACAAGAGAGCAUACUAUAUUGCUCAGGUCUUUAGGCGUAGGGGAAUUAUUAGUCGCUGUAAAUAAAUUAGAUACAGUUGAGUGGUCGCAACAAAGGUACGAUGAAUUGCGCGCCACACUAACAUCAUUUCUUAGAAAACAAGCAUCUUACACAAAAGUUAGAUUUAUUCCGCUUUCUGGAUUACAUGGAAUUAAUUUGGUGAAUAUUCAUCCUUUACUUCAGUGGUACAAAGGACCAACAUUGUUGCAAGCUAUUGAUGAGUUGCAAGUCCCAGCGCAUUCUUGUGAUCAUCCAUUUCGAGCUGUUAUCAAUAAUAUCAACAAGAUUUCAUCAUCAGCGAUCUCAGUAAACAUCAAAAUUGAAGCUGGAUUUAUAGAAUGCAAAGAAAAAGUGUAUAUUAUGCCAGACGUUUAUCAUGUUAUCGUUAAAGUCAUUGAAACAUGCUCGACAAAAGACAUUGGUUUUGCUGGUGAUAAUGCGCUUGUUACUUUAAUACCUAUUUCAAGUAUUGAAUCUGAUUCAGUGAGCAUCGGACAUGUACUUUGUCGUGGUGGAGAGGAGUGUCUUAUUCCUGGAAAGAAAUAUCGUGUACGCGUAGUGGUUUUUGACACUGCUGUUCCUAUCUUUCGGGGUACAAAAGUCGAACUGUUCGCACAUUGUUUAGUUGAACCUUGUACGAUCACACACUUAAUAGCGGAAUUGAAUAAAUCAACAGGGCAAGUAAUACGACAGAAGCCCAGAAUGCUGACAAAAAACAUGAGUGGAGUGAUUGAGAUUGUCACAGAACGAGCUGUUAACCUAGAACUUUAUUCUGUUUGCAAGGCACUUGGCAGAGUAACAUUUCGUCGUACAGGACAAACUAUUGCAGCAGGCAUUAUUGAGCAGAAAGUAGAUUGA